AUGACGAGCGUCGAAGACAUUAAAAGGCUUGUGCUGAAGCCUUUCCAGAACCACCGUCAACUAAGCAUCAAGGAAGCAGAUACAUUAUCAUUGGAAAUAUUGGAUCUGCUAAGUCAGUCUGACUGUAAAGAUCAAUCAACUCUAAAAUAUCUCGCAAACUUUUUGACAGUCGAGACGUAUCACGACCUGAUCGAGGAGCGAAACCUCAACAAGAAAUGUGGGUACCCUCUGUGUAAUAGGUGCCAGAAUCGAAUUCGCGAUCCUUACGGUGGGAAUGCGACUGCGAACCGAUUUCUUCAGCAGAAUAAUCCGUAUGCGUAUCUUUCGCACUACUGCAGCAAGUUUCACUAUCGGUGCUCACAAUUCUACGAAGUGCAGCUCACAAAUGAGGCUUUAUUCGUUCGCAUUGGCGUGCAUCUUGACGACAAGAUCCAAGGUGACGUGCCCAAAUUGCAAAGCGUUUCGCUCCUGGAGGAACUUAUCCAAGGGGAGGAGUUGGAGGAGCAGAACCUAAUAUCAAUCGUCAGCGGAAUAGGGAAGCUAAAUAUCCAGAGUGAAGAAGGCGCGCAUGGAGAUGAGAAAGAAGAGCUCGAGAAAGACCUGAGUGGCUGGCUUUCUCAAAUCAAGAUUGUGGAAAAUAAAGACCCACACCCAAUGGGGGACUUCUUCAAGGAUGAAACCUGA